AGAAUCUGUGUGUCAUCAACCCAGCAUCUGAGUUGGUUCGUCCUGAGAGGACGAUUCCACUUGAGAAGCCUUUAGCAGAGGCUGGGGCAGGGCAGCAGCAGUCUGCAGCAAAUCUACCAAAGAGCUAUAGCUUCGCAUAGGAUCCUACACCACCCAAAUCUCCAUCCAGCUCUUGUCUUACACACUAACAUCUCCUAUUUUUUUUACAAGAGAAAAAAAAAAGGUUUAGUACUUUACAAGAGCUUCUGCUGUCAUUGCCUCCAUGGGAUUUUAGCAGCUCUGAAAGAGAAGUUUACCACUUUUUUUUUGUGUUUGUUGUUUUUUUUAACACUGCAAUAGGCAGUCUUUUGUAGAAGACUAUCGCUGUCAUGGCUAUAAACACAGAUGCCCAGUAUGAGAAGGCACUGGGGGGAUCAGGUAACCCUUUACCUGCAGAUGCUCAUGAGACUGAGAAACUCCUGACUUCUGGCUCUGAGGCAAAGGAAGAGAAUGGGAUGAAGAAGUCUUUCUCAGUGACCAUGUCCAGCGAGAAGUCCAUAGGGGACUUGGACCAGAACGGCCACAGCAUGCCCUACAAGUCAGUGUCUGCAGGACAGCUGGAGUCUGCCCCCCUCUCACCUUCCAGGGUCAGCCUUGCCAGGGCUUCCUCUACAGCCACUACCACCGCCCAGGAGCAGGGCAGGCCCACCGAUUAUCUGGUCCUUGCCAUCUUCUCCUGCUUCUGCCCAGUCUGGCCAGUCAAUAUAGUCGCAUUGGUCUUCUCCAUCAUGUCACGGAACAGCUUGCAGCAGGGAGAUGUGGAUGGAGCCCGCAGAUUAGGACGCUUGGCCAGGCUUUUGAGUGUUGUUUCCAUCCUGUUGGGGAUUGUCAUCAUCGUUCUCUGUGUCCUCAGUCUCACAGUUUUCCACUAAGGCCUGCUGAUGAUCUGGAGCUCAGAGGGAGAUCCGGAAGCAGCCUGCCUUUCCUUCGCACUUUUUUAUCCUCCUCACUGCAAGACAACCUUCCAUCUUGGAGAGUUCCCGGAGGAAGGAGCAGGUCCAUUUCUUCCCAAGGCUCAAGGGAUUGCAUGCAGCACUUAAAACGCCCUUGGGAAUUGAGGGAGAUGCAGGAGUAGAGCACACAAAGAGAGGGACUUGCAAAAAGUGAUACAGAGAGAUGCCUUAAGAAACAGAAAAUCCUAUACAUGAACAAUGUGUGGAGGGGCAUCUGGGGACUGGCAUUCAGGUGAUGGCACAAAUCCUUUUUUUAUUUCCAGCUUUUGUAUCAAAGGAAUGAAAGCUAUUGUCUGUAUUAAAUAAUAAAGCUAUAAACUGCCAUAUAUAGGGUAGUAAUUAGGAGAAAACUUCACUCUGCACCAUUUGGUGUGACCUCCCCCUGUUUUGGAUGAUGCUGCUUCCUCGCUGACAAAAUGGAACAAGACUUUUAAUCUCUUUUUUAGUAUUUUUGAUGGGUUCUUUGAAAAAUACAACAAACACUGAAACAGAAAAACAAACUUUCGGACCAUAUGCAUGUCAUUGCCGUUCGCUAUAAGCACCUCUUCUCCUUUGCUUUAUGCUGGUGCUGAAUAUACAUAGUAAUCAGGGGUUACUGACACAUGGUUGUGUCUGCAAGGAGACCACUGAGCACUCAUUAAGGUAUAACUAGUGCGGGAUACGUAGGACAUACUGUAUAUAGUGUUGGCAUUUGAUCUGGCUUUAAACAUCCAAACCAUAUUAGGGUCACAGUCCAGAGGGACACUUACAAACUACACUUUUCAUAUAAUGAAACAUUAUCAUAUAUGUGUGUGUGUAUAUUUUUUUUUUUACUGAUUUAUUUUGUUCCCAUUUUCAUGUAUUCAGUAUUUUUGUUGCACGGUAAGGGAUCACUGUAUUGACAUAUCAUAAUUUGCUGAUAUAAUUAGAUUUCAACAUAUACAGAAAGUAAAAAAACAGAUACACUAAACUUUGUACUUAUUUGCUAUAUAUUGCAAAUGUGUCCUAGAUUGUUAAAGCCAAAAACAAUUACUGUCCACUGAGUUUAAAGAUGAAUUACUUGGGCUUUAAAGCAUAUCCAUAUAACAAUCCAUUAUCUGUAUCUCCCUCCAAAAAUACAUUAUGUACUCAUUAAAUAAGCCACACCUACUUGUUUGGCAAUAUAGUAUCUCCAUAUGUCAGCUUUCAUAUAACCCACUUGCUUUGUGCAUAAGGUGAAAGAAUGCACGGCUAAUUAAUAGUUGUUGCCAGGGGCACCAAGAAGGGGUGGAAGUGGAUACAGACCUUUCGGAAACAGGCCUGUCCAAAUGUCCAGGCUUCCAAAGAAAUACUGCCAAGCCAAUAAGAUGGUGUGAUCAUGCCCCUUUCAGUAGGUGGUACAUCUUGUUUCGAAGACAAUGCAACAACUCGCUUGGCCUUGCCCACUAGACAGCCCAUAUUGUUGCAGAUGAAUGCUUCAAAAAAUGGUCCACACCUACAAACAUACAGUUUCACCUAACUUUUUACAAAUAAUUUCACAAAAUUGCCCAUCUUCACAAUUUCUGGAUUCCAGGAGAUAUAACAUCCUCAUUGGCAGAUUUGUUUUUUGUUGUACUGGUAAUAUGUAUCGCUACCAUUACCCAAUUAUAUUGGUGCAUGAACAUUGCCACAAAGACCAAAAAAAUUCAAUGUAAAUCUUUUUAAUGACAUAUAAAGUAACGCUAUUAAUUAAAAAUUGUAGCAAAAGGUCUGCAGCAUCAGCUACAAAAACAGCAACAACAUUUAAACAAAAUGCUUUCAUUAUCUGUAUUAAAAUGUACUUUUGGAUGAAAGCAUUUUCUAAAAAAAAAUAAUUAACAGAUCAAUCUUUUUUUCUAAUUUUUUAACCAAAAAUUGAUGGAAUAGGCUACGUAUUUUAUAUCAAAAGCGGAAAAGAUGACUGUUAGGGGUAAGUCCAUCCUAUCUUUGCCAUGCACAAUGAUUGUUUACUUUUAUCACCUUUGUUGGAUGGCGUGGCGAAUUAUAUCAGUGUGCCAAUAAGCAUUUAGACAAGCAUUUAGACAACUAAACAUUUAAGCACUGUCCUUCCAAAUAUAUUUUAGUAUUUUUAGGAGAAAACUUAUCUGUUUAGAAAAAAAAAAAAAACCAGGAUGCAUAAUUUAUAAUAAAAUAUUUUGCUGGAGAAUCACUUAGAAAAUGUAUAAACUUGAUAAAGCUAACACUAGGAGUAAAAUAUUUAUGCCUAAUAGCUUAAUGCACUUUCCUAGUUUACCCACAAUGCACCUAGGGUUGAGUGACUGGCUUCAACAUAUUUGACACUGUUGAUUUUACUAUUUAGAGUUAGCAUCCUUCUUAUAAGUUGAUCUCUAAAAUCAAGUUGUAUCUGCAUUAGGUUUUAAAAUGGAAAUACACAAUUAGUGAGCAGGUACGUAAAAUGGAGAUGGCUAUAAUAUAAUUGAUGCAUAAUAAUACUUAAUAGGGAAUUACGUAAAUAAUGCAGAGUAUCUUUAUUAUCACAUAUUCCUUUUUUUCAUGUAGGCUUUUUCAUGUAUAUCAAGAGAAAAAUUUCCAAACAAUAUCUAAUGGUUAUGACCAGCACCGCUAGUGAUUUUUAUGCUUCUCAAUUUUAAUUAAUUUAAAAUAAUUUCCAGUCUGAUUUGUAAUACAAAGUGUAAUUCUAUAUUGUAUCAUUAAUCUGUGUCAACAGAAUCUGUGUCCACUCUGCAACCUGCAGAAUUGUUCUGUAAUUGUGUAGUAGUCAACCUUCAGCCCAUAAGCUAUUGCAUCAUCUCCAGCCAACCGACGGCGGGUAGGUGGUGAGAUUGGUAUGAUUGCAACCAGUAGGAGAAUCUGUGACACUAGGCAAGUGAUGGCAACUGAUCCCCAGACUUUCCCAUUUGACAUUAGUGGUGCCAUUAUGAAAUUGACAAGACAUAAAUGGGUAGAUCUAGUAAACCUUGGGGGACAAGUGGUGUAGUUGCCAUGGACAGUUUUUCCACUUAGGGGUCUAUUCAUGAAGCAGUGAAAGGUGUAAAGAAGUGAGCCUGUGUAGAAGAUGCCCAUGGCAACCAAUCAGCAUUAAUGUGACAUUUAUAAUUUGCAUGCUACACAAUUGUACGGAGCAGCUGAUUGGUUGCGAUGGGCAACUUCUCCACAGGCUCACUUCUCCACUUGUUUCACUGCCUCAUGAAUAGACCCCUUAUUCUCUUUAGACAGUUUAUUACAUCUGCCCUAACGUAAGUUUGGACUAAGGGGCUUAUACAUCCCAUAUAGAGACAUUUUUAGUGUAUUUCUUCAUGUGUGUUGUACAAAAAAACAGUGUUAGAAUUGUUGUAUAAUAGUACUCUAUAUUUGGAUUAUGGGGCUUGCCGUUUCUUUUAAUUAAAAUAUGUAAAUGCAAAGGGGUCUGGAUUGAAGAAUCAUGAGUGUGUCACAGUGAUGGGCUAUGGCUUCAGAACCACCCACUGCUGGUACUAAUUGGCCACUGUUAGCUGAAAGGCUGAAGGUUGCCUACCUCUGCUAUAUUCUUAGUCUAACCAUUCAUUUACCUUGUCACGUCUAUGUUGGUGCAAUACUUUGCAACAUAACUUAUCUGUACAAUGUUUUUGUUAUAUAAUAUAUGUUACACUUAUUAUUCACAUUUUCUAUAAUGUAUUAGCAGGGACGCAGACACACAGAAUACAAAAUACAAGCUGUUAGAGGACUACAGACGCAAUAUGG